AUGGUGCGGCAACGUCAAAGGCACACGUUGAAUUGUGAGCAGCAAGCAGCUCAGGAGAAAACCGGUUCAGGGUGCGGAACUGGCCAGAAGAAUUAUCCUCCAACGAGGGAAAAGGAGUCCCAGCCGGCGAAAUCAGAUGAGAAAAGCAUGGCCGCCAUGUCGCAAAAGUGGCUAGUGCUCGCCCUUUCCAGCGGAACUUUUGCUGCUCUAAAUGGGGUCUUCGCAAAGUUGACAACUACCCAGCUCACAACCGACAUAUCACAGGGAAUAUCACGCUUUCUGUCUUUCUCAGCAUCAAUGGAUAUUGCUGUAGAGUAUAUUGUCCGAGCUUUCUUCUUCGCCCUGAAUAUUCUUUCAAAUAUAACAAUGUGGGCUCUCUUCACUCGCGCCUUGACUGCCGCCAGCUCCUCAACACAGGUCACCAUCACAAAUACCACAGCUAACUUCCUCGUCACCGCCAUUCUGGGUAUGGUAGUUUUCCGGGAACGAGUGGCGCCGUUGUGGUGGCUUGGUGCAACCAUCAUGGCGACGGGAUGUAUCAUUGUCGGACUGAGGGAUGAAAAGGGAACGCCAAAAGAUGGCAAUGCGGUUGAGGACGAAUUGGGAGGACGUAGGGGUGGCAGUUCGGAUGAUUUGAUCGAGUUCCGAGACGAGGACUCCUCGCGACGAGAGUGAGAUUCAAUCCCGUAUGAAAUCUUAUCUAUUCGAACCAAAGAGCAAAGAAAUGUACAGUAGAUACAUGACAUACCCUGUAAGACAAGGUGUCUUGAUAGACUUAUUGGAUCUAUUCUCUAUCAACAUCAAAAUUAUCGUCACAUCCUUCUCCAAAACUACUUUCUUCACCUUCCAUCCUCCUAUUCCUCCAAUUCAACAAUCCCAUCGAAUGUAUCGACAUCUUCCGUUCCAUCGAUAAUAUCGAAUGAAUUGUCUCUCGGUCUCCUACUCCCAUCCUCAAACCUUUCUGAACGUCCACCACGUCUCCUCCAAGACGCAACCUUCCCAACGACCCAUUGGAUAAUUUCCCACACCUUUUGCUCCACGAGCCCCUCCUCCUUCCCCCCAUUUGCGGCAAGUCGAUCGCUACUUGUCGCAUUUGCAUCCGCAAGCUCCUGAUGUUCCACUUUAAACUGGUACUUCAAACAAUCCUUCACCGUGACGAGUCCGGAUAAUCGACCACGAUGUUCAACGAGGAUCAUACGCGGACCCAUCUUUUUAAAUAUUUCCAUCACGGUUUCGAGGGCAAGACGCGGAUGCACGGUUAUUGGCGCAACGUCAACGUAUGAACUGAAAUCGAUCGAGCGGACUCCGGAGGGUGUAGCUAUGUCGUCAAACGUUUGAGGUGGUAGAUGCUCCUCAACAGGCCGAGAGGAGGAAGGUGUGGCUAUGGAAGAAUCAAAGUAUCGACCCGAAGAUUGCGACAGGUUAGAUGUCGAUAAAGACGUGGAGGACGUGGUUUGAAAUGAGCUGGGUUGAGGGACGAAUCGACAUUUCGCCUCUGGCGAGAAGAGACGAUCUUCUCUUUUAGCUCGAUUGAUGGCGUACUGAAAUUCUGUGCGACCGAUAAAUCCCACCAACGUACGCGAUGUCAGGUCUUCCACGAUGGGGAAGCCUUGGAACUUGUUGUUUUCGAGUAGCCUCUCUGCUUUUCUGACGGGGAAAUCAGUUGCAGGUAGGACAACGGGUUUAUUGGUCAUGGCAUGAGAAACUGGAACAUUAAAGAUGUGUUCCUCUUUGCUGUCGAGGAAAGGAAACCCGUUAAACCAAAUCAUACGAUCUGCAAUGCCACCUCUCCCAAAACGAUCGCUGACGGCCUUCGUCACUCCAACAACAAUC